AUGGAGAACGUCCUCAUAUCUGGUGGAACCGGGUUUGUGGGCACAGCCAUCGCUAGAGCUCUCGCAGAAAAACAUCCUAAGUGUGCCAUCACUGUUCUAGAUCUAAAACCGCCUGGGCCGCUUCCUAUGGUUCUGGACGGUAUUGUCUUCAUCCAGGUCGAUAUUACCAUCCAAGAAGAUGUCAGCAAAGUAAUGCAGCAGGUCAAGCCGGAUGUCGUUAUCCACACAGCUGGGAUUGUUCCAGCCCUGAGUGAACGGUUCGGAAGGAGGCUGGAAGAGCAUGUUAGGAAAAUUAAUGUUGAAGGAACUAGACAUAUGUUGCUGGCUGCUAAACAGAAUGGAGUGAAGAGCUUUAUUUACACCAGCUCCUGCUGCGUUGUGACGGAUCAUAUGGAUGUACCCUAUCACAAUGUCGAUGAGCGAUGGCCUACGCCUCCCUUUUCACUCAUUUACGGCGAGUCUAAGGCUGCUGCAGAAGCCAUGGUCCUGAAGGAAUCGAGCGACACAAUGGCUACAUGUGCUCUCCGGCCUUCUGUGCUAUGCGGGCCUGGUGACUAUCAACUAGUCCCUGCAAUACACGCAUGUAUAGCCAAGGGUGAAACUCCAUUCAUCGUCGGUGAUGGCCAAAACUUGUGGGACGUGACAUAUGUUACUAAUGUUGCCGAUGCCCAUGUCCUAGCCGCUGAGAAUUUGAUGUCUUCGAAAACUGCAGCAGGUGAAGUCUUCUUUAUUCAGAACAACGAACCUAUCACCUUCAGGGACUUUUGUCUCGCCAUCUGGGCCCAUUUUGGCCACAUACCCCCUUUUGAGAUCCGUGUCCCCGAAGCACUGGCGUACCUUGUUGGCUUGAUCUGUGAGUUUUUGACAUGGGUCUUUGGGACGGCAACCACCUUGAGUCGCGGCAGUGUGAGGGAUGCAUGCUCAGUUCGUUAUGCCAGCGGCGAAAAGGCAAAGCGGAUACUGGGGUACCAACCUCGAGUCGGAAUUGAGCACGGCAUUCGGCUAAGUUGUGAGGAGUAUGCUCGCCGUAUGGGCAUUGAGUUACCAAUGCAGAAGGCAUAUAAGAAGGAUGAAUGA